AUGUGCAUCGCGCUUAUAUCAACUGCGCACCCCGAUUACCCUCUUAUUAUCAUCAAUAAUCGAGAUGAAUUUCUGCGCCGACCAACUUCUACUGUAGAUUGGUGGCCAGAGCCGGCAUCUCACGUUCUCGGCUCACGAGACCUGGCUCGUCCCGCUCAGGGAACGUGGAUGGGCGUCACCAAGCACGGCCACAUUGCUGUGCUCACAAAUUAUCGCGAAGACAUCCCCGCAGAUGCCGUGGGCACGUGUAGUCGAGGCCUCAUCGUCAGGAAUUGGCUCACUCUGCCGCCUGAUCAGAGGCACUGCACACAGAAGUUCGUCGAGGAUAUGAUCACGAGCAGUGCAGCCAGGAAUGUGGGCGGUUUCAGUCUUGUGUGUGGAAAGAUCCACGAACCACUGGCGAUUAUGUCAAAUCGCGUCUCGCAUGUUGAUGGGAUCACCUGGGUGGCCAAGCAACAGGGCGAGACAGUCGGUCUGAGCAAUACAUCAUUCGAUGACCGGUCGUGGAAAAAGAUCUUGCUGGGAGAAAAACUGAUGAAAGAGGCCAUCGAGGAGCAUGCGAAGGCCCAAGAAGGUGAAGAAGAGCUCAUUCAGAGAUUGUUGCAUGUCCUCAGCACAGAUACGCUGCCGCGAUUGAAAGAAGGCGCCAGCCUGGAAACCUAUAUCCCUCUUCUACGUGAGAGCAUUUUCGUCCCUGUCAUUGGUGCCCAGAACGAAGAGAACAGAGCUGCAGACGAAGUCGCAGCUGGAGAUGUCCCGGACAAGGUCACAGUCGCGGCCAACGGCAGUACUCCACCUGAGCAACAAUGCUACAUGACUGGGUUGUACGGUACACAAAAGCAAACAGUUGUCUUGGUCGACAAGAAUCGCCGAGUCAAGUACUUUGAACGUACUCUAUAUGACAACAACGCGAAACCGAUUCCCGUCGGGAAAGGGGAUAGGAGCUUUGAAUUCGUUGUCGAGAAAUAG